AUGGAGCCGCCCGCCGCCGCCGACUCCUCCUCGCCCGAUCCGACGCCGCAGGACCAAGCCCCGGCCUCCCCGUCGCCGUCCCCGUCCCCUUCUCCCUCCGCCUCCCCGGCCAAGCGCUCCGCCUGGAAGCACCCCUCCCCCAACGGCCCCGCCGUCAUGGACGUCAACCACUGGCCCGCGCUCUCCGACGCCGCCAAGGGUAUCAAGCUUCCCGACUCCUCGGCUCCAUCGCCUGCGCCCGUCGCCGCCCCAUCGGCCGUCGCCAACUCCUCCAGUUCGCAAAAGCACAGCGCCCAUCACGGCCGCCACAAGUCCGCCAGGCGCAGUGGCGGUGGUGGUGGCGAGCACUCUCCACGAGACCAUCCCGACCGGAGCGCUGCCGCUGGCUGGGACCAUGCCGGUGGCGGCGGCGGGAGGGGUGCCCAGAGGAACCAUAAUAACGGAGGUGGCAGGAGGGGCAAUGGUGGAGCUGCCUCUGGCACUGGGCCUUCUCAUCAUGGUUCUGGUGCCGGUGGUGGCAGCGGCGGAGGUGGAGGCUUUGGUGCUAGGCGAAGAGGGGCAUACGAGCCGCCCUUCUAUCGUGGCCCUCCACCACCAAUGGGCAUGGGCCACUACAUGCGAGGUGCGCCGCCACCUCCGCCGCCGCCGCCCAUGACUGUCGCUCCACAGUUCAUGGGCCCUCCACCGCCACCAGUCUCGCCCAUGCGCCCGUUUGCUGGACCAAUGGUGUUCCAUGACAUGCCAUCUCCUGUGUCUCCUGUAUCCCCCAUAUACUUUUAUGGGCCACCACCACCAGAGGCUCUUAGGGGACUGGCUCUUGCGCCUCCUAUGGUUGGUCCACCUGCUUAUCCUUACUUUCAAGCCCAGCCUGAGACUGAACCUCAGCCUGAUCCUGAGCCUGACGCGGAAGAGGAACGCGUCAAGCUGCUCAAGCAGAUAGAGUUCUACUUCAGCAAGGAGAACCUAUGCUCAGAUGUGUACUUGAGGCAGCAGAUGGAUGGUCAGGGCUGGGUUGAUAUAUCUCUUAUAGCUGGCUUCAAAAAGGUCCAAGGGCUGAAGAAGGACCUACAAUAUAUAAAAGAGACGGUGCAGUCCUCAUCUAUACUGGAAAUGAAGGAUGACAAAAUCAGGAAGCACAACGACUGGGAGAAAUGGGUGAUCCCUCGUGAGAGCAAUCCUGAUGCCCCGUCAAGCUCAGCGUCUGUACCGAGACCUAAUGUCAAUAAUCUGACAGCACAUCUUGGAGGCAUGCGUCUGCAUGAAUCCGCUAGCUCUACUGGCCCGGUGGAGCCGAACCAUCACAAUGUCAUCCAGAACGGAUCGCCUUCUGGUAAUGAAGAGGCUCGAGUAGCUGAAGAAAGUUCUGGUCAUCAGUAG